GCGUUCAAACACCCAUCAUGCGCGUUUCAUCGUUGCUUCUACUGACCGGGGCUCUUAUGACUCACGGCAAGACGUUUCAUUGGCCGUCUCCUGAAAUGGACUGGAUAGACAGCGUCCUAUAUGAGCAACCCUUCUUUGAAAACAUUACAGCCAAUUGUGCCGCUAGAGAUAACACAACAGUUGCGGCCCAAUGGAUUCGUUUGGCUUUUCACGACAUGUCGACGUAUAAUGUAGACGACGGCACAGGAGGCCUUGACGGUUCUGUCAUUUACGAGUUCGAUCGUGCAGAGAAUAUUGGAAUGAACCGUAGUAUCGGGGACUUUUUGGGAUUUUCGGCUCCUUUUUUCAGCCUGGCGGACAUUAUCGCGGCCGGCGUGGUCAUAGGCACCGUCUCGUGCGAUGGACCCAAGAUCCCUUACAGGGCAGGUCGUAUUGACGCAACCUCCAGUGGUCCUCUGGGAGUUCCUCAACCCCAAGAGGAUUUGGCUCUACUCACCGAAAGGUUCAGGAAAGCGGGCUUCACUCCCUCGGAGAUGAUUUCCUUUACUGCAUGUGGCCAUGUACUCGGUGGUGUCACUCAGCAGGACUUUCCAGAAGUAUUGAAGGACAGGCCGUUUGUAUUCUUCAACGAGAAGACUAGAUUAUUUGAUAACGGAGUAGUGACACAGUACCUUGACGGAUCGACUACUAAUCCUCUCGUAGUUGGAGUUAAUGAAACCAUGAACUCGGACUUGAGAAUCUUUUCGAGCGACGGAAACGCGACUAUGCAAAGUCUGACGUCCCCAAACGACUUCAGGAGCACCUGCGCCUCUCUCUUUGAACGAAUGAUCAACACUGUCCCCCGAAAUGUAGCCUUGACCGAUGUCAUCGAUCCUUUCGACUUCAAGGUUGGGACGGCCAGAUUAUCCGUGACUGAUGACACCAAUAAACUGGUCAUGACGGCGAGUUUGCGAAUCCUCAAUCCAAAGGAUAAUCCCAACAGAGAAGUCAGCCUCGUCUGGGUUGACCGUGAUGGUACUUCUCCGUGCGGGGAGAAAUGCACAUCUCCUGCUACCAACGUAUCCCAGAUCGGUACGACGUUGUUGACCAAAGGUCACGGCAAAACCGCUUUGCAGUACACGUUCAUGGUUGACAACAUCGACCCCGCUAAAUCUAUCGCCAAGUUCUGGUUUGAGAUUGACGAGAAAGAUGGGUCUCCGAAAACAGAAGUUAAGAAUGACGAUGGUUCUGGGUAUGUGGUCGAGGAGCAUGAUGUCCUUUACGAUGUUACGCGGAGCAAGAUUAACUUCAGCGCCACCCAGGCUAACUUUACCUCUCUGAUUGUCAUUGCAGUAAAAGACGAGUAUGCCCAAGACGCUCAAAUCCGUCUCCAGACGUUCAAUCCGUUCCUCUUGCCAUUCAGAACAUCGGUCUUGAACGCGACCCUCGAUCCUCAGUUUCCGAAAGCCGCUGGAUACUCGUUCUUUUCCGUCAGUCCGGAGCCCUUGACUAAUUCGUUCGACGUGUAUUAUGGCGACGUUGUUCCCAACAAUCUGAGACAGAAGUUUGGUUUGGUUUUCGAGGCGAAGAAUGUGGGAGUUUUACCUCCGUCUUGAUUCGUUCAAUCGCUUUCUAGACGCUCGGAGGGAUCUUUCUCCCUUUGCCUUUAUUUACAUAGGACUUUCAUGGCUUUUCAUAUAUCGAAUACAGUAUCAUGCUAGCUCAGGAGGGGGGUCAAUACCUGGAUCGUCCGAUCCGGGAUGUACCAAAAAGAGGUAUUAUUUUGGUCGACCCUCCGAUCCUAGUGUACCGAAAAUGACCCAAAUUGAGC